GAAAAAUACAAAAUUGUCUGUAAUAUGACAGAAAACAAGCUGGAGAAGAAAAAAGGGUGCUGAAUCGUUAACAUGGACAAACCAGAGAAGGGUACCCCAGCUGACGUCCAGAUGAGCGAUACUGGGAAGAAAUCUGGAAAGCAACCAGUCACAGGCUGUCUUUUGAGCGCUGCCUUCUUCGGUGCCCUGGGGUCAUCUUUCAUCUAUGGCUACAACCUCUCUGUGGUCAACGCCCCCGCUUUGUACAUCAAAGAUUUCUUCAACAAGACAUGGAUCGAGAGAUAUGGCCAGCCUGUUGCAGCAGAGACAGCCACCCUCCUCUGGUCCAUCACAGUGUCCAUAUUUGCUAUUGGAGGCCUUCUCGGAGCGCUGAGCGUCCCUGUAGUCAUUAAAGUACUGGGAAGAAAGGGAACCUUGCUGCUAAAUAACAUCUUUGCUGUAAUCGCUGCCUUGCUGCUAUCUCUGGGCGAGACAGCAAAAUCUUUUGAGAUGCUCAUCAUUGGCCGCUUCAUUAUUGGGGUGGACUCUGGUAUCGCUCUCAGUGCCCUUCCUAUGUACCUGGGAGAAAUUACACCAAGACACAUUCGAGGUUCCAUCGGCCAGUUCAACGCCAUCCUCAUCUGCUUGGGAGUGUUUACAGGACAAGUGCUGGGCCUCCCCGAGCUGCUGGGUCAGGAGUCCAGGUGGAAGUACCUGUUUUCCUUCCUGGCCCUUCCUGCAGUGCUGCAGCUGUGCGUGCUGCCCUUCCUUCCUGAGAGUCCUCGCUACCUGCUGAUGGAGAGGAGGGAUGAAGCUGCAGCAGAAAGAGCCUUUCAAAGGUUUUUGGGGAAGAAAGAUGUGUCCCAGGAGCUGGAAGAGGUCCAUGCGGAGGCUCGAGCUCAAGAAAACCUACGUGCUGCGUCUGUGUUACAGCUGCUGAGGAGCCCUGCUGUUCGCUGGCAGCUCAUCACCAUCAUCAUCACCAUGGCCUGUUAUCAACUCUGUGGCCUCAAUGCUAUCUGGUACUACACCAGCGGGAUCCUCAGAGAAGCAGGGUUUGCUGAAGACAUCAUCCCCUACAUCACUUUGAGCACCGGAGCCAUCGAGACCUUGGCUGCCAUUGUCUCCGGCUUAGUGAUAGAACGAAUUGGGAGGAAGCCGCUCCUCAUCUUUGGAUUCUCUGCCAUGGCUUUUUUCUUCAGCCUACUCACAGUGUUCCUCAAUUUCCAGAACAGUAUGUCAUGGAUGCCCUACCUCAGCUACGUCUGUAUACUGGCUGUGAUUGCCUCCUUUUGCUCUGGGCCAGGCGGCAUCCCCUUUGUCCUAACUGGGGAGCUGUUUGAACAGUCCUAUCGUCCGGCCGCCUUCGUGAUUGCUGGCAUCGUAAACUGGCUGUCCAACUUUGCCGUGGGCCUCCUCUUCCCAUUCAUUCAGGAGAAGCUGCAGUCCUUUGCCUUCCUGGUGUUUGUUGUGGUCUGCAUCUUGGGAUCUAUCUACCUUUACUUUGUGCUCCCUGAGACAAAAAAUAAGACAUUUAUCGACAUCAGUCAGAGCUUUGCCAAGAUCAACAAAAUCCCAGUCCCAACCCCCGGCCAUGAAAUGGAGCAAGUUUUGCACAUCACACCUGACUCCAGUGGAAAAGCCCAAGACAUCAUAAAGAUGGAGAGUUCCUUCUAGCUGAACAAGCUACACCAAUACUGGCUAAAAAGUGUUGAAAUAGAACCAGAAAGAUGUUUUUUUUUUUUUACAUAUUUAUUUAAUGACUGCGAUCAAUGAAGUAAAAAUCCAUAUUUUUUGAAGUCUGAAUGUAUAUUGGUAUUUUGUAAAUUUUUUAUGACUGUAAUAGGAGCUGUACAGUACUUACGUUUAAAGCAAUUGCAUCCUUUUUAUAAAAUGGCACAAAACAACGUUUUGAAGCAGCCACACGAGAUAACAAUAAAAUUGAUUCACGGGGCUCCAUAAACUACUCAUGUGAAAUAGUGUACUCUCUGCAAUCAUAAACCAUUAUUAGACACAGUUGUAAAUGAAAUCAUUUUUUUAAUGACUGUUUGGCUACGAUGAAAACAUGUAAACACAACACAUAUCAUUAACUCAUAGAGUUGAUAUAUUUAUAACAAAUUCAAUACAUAUCCACUUAGUUUGGAGGAGCUGAACAACGGAGUUAAAGGCAAAAA